AUUCAUUCAUGCCUUGAGAUGCAUACUUGCAUGCAAACAUUCUUCAAUGUAUAUAAAACCCUUGUCUCGUCAAUCGUUUAACCACCCAGAACCAGGAACACAAAGAAAAUAUACGCAGGUGAUCGAGCUCCAGAUACGAACACAUCCAACCAACCAAAACCCAAGAUGUCGAGCUUCUUCCCAUUUCCAGCCGUUCUUCUCGCCGCUCUUCUCAUCGUCACGCUCCACGCAUCCGCCAUCCACGCCCAGAUACCUGCCUCGGCAACGACCGGCGCCGCGGUGGCCGCGACAAACCCGCAGCCAGGAGGCAGUGGCGGCGGCGUCGUAGGCGCGGGCGGGCCGGACGCGCCUCUGGAGCUCUACAUGCACGACAUCCUUGGCGGGUCGAGCCCGACGGCGCGGCCCAUCACCGGCUUGCUGGGCAACAUCUACAACGGGCAGGUCCCGUUCGCGCGCCCCAUCGGCUUCAGCGCGCCCAGGAACGGCGUGCCCAUCCCGAACGCCAACGGCCAGGUGCCCACUUACAACGGCAACACCGGCAUCCCGCUGGACACCGGCCUGUCCGGCGCCGGGUUCCUGCAGCCAGGGAACGGCGCGGCGGCGGCGCCGGCGCAGGUGCAGCUGGGCCCCGACGGCCUCAGCCUCGGGUUCGGCACCAUCACGGUCAUCGACGACGUGCUGACGGGCGGGCCGGACCUCGGCGCGCAGCCGCUCGGGCGCGCGCAGGGCGUGUACGUGGCCAGCUCCGCCGACGGGUCGUCGCAGAUGAUGGCGUUCACGGCCAUGAUGGAGGGCGGCGAGUACGGCGACACGAUCAACUUCUUCGGGGUGUACAAGGUCGGCACGCCGCUGUGCCGGCUGUCCAUUACCGGUGGCACCGGCAAGUUCAAGGGCGCCUGCGGGUUCGCCGAGGUGCGCCCGCUCAUCGCCUCCGGCCAGCACGUCACCGACGGCGCAGAGACGCUGCUGAGGAUCACCGUCCAUCUUGCUUAAGUAGUAACUGUAGCGGGCCAGCGAUUGUCGGCAGUCGUGGCUGGGCUGCUUGUUUCGGACGUGUCGAGGUCGUCGGUGCGUGCAUGCAUGUAGUGUUUGCGUCGGGUGGAUCACGAUGCUGUAACUGCAAAAGUUGUAUUUGCCUCGUCUGCAGGGUGUACUACCUA